AGCUUCCUGCAACAACUUGUAUGAUGAAACGUCACUGCCACGUAGAGGACCAGCUGCACUUUUCGUCCCGUCACCUUUGCUAACAAACUUUUUGGUCCGUCUGCUGUUUUCUCGUGGACGCUGUGUGAGUGUGUUUGAGAGUGUGUGUGUGUGUGUGUGUGGCGGCAUGCUGCUGACCGUGCUGAGCUGGCUCUGCUCCUCCCUGCUGGUGUCGGUCCGCGGGGGGAAGCUGCCCGAAGCCGAGGUGCAGAUAGAGGUGAUGCACCGACCGUUCCUCUGUCACCGGAAAUCAAAGUACGGCGACAUUCUGCUGGUGCAUCACGACGGAUACCUCGAGAACGGGACCGCGUUUCACUCCAGUCGAAACGAGGGUGACAAGCAGCCGGUGUGGUUCACACUGGGCAUCAGAGAGGUGAUCAAAGGCUGGGACAAAGGCCUGCAGGACAUGUGCGCCGGAGAGAAGCGGAAACUGGUCGUGCCUCCAGCCCUGGCCUAUGGGAAGGAAGGGAAAGGUAAGAUCCCACCUGAAAGCACGUUGACCUUUGUCAUUGAGGUCCUCGAGAUCAGAAAUGGACCACGGUCGCAUGAGUCCUUCCAGGAGAUGGACCUCAACGAUGACUGGAAACUCUCCAGACAUGAGGUGAAAGAAUACCUGAGGAAGGAGUUUCAGCGUCAUGGCUACGCGCCCAACGACACUCUGCAUGAGAACAUGGUGGACGAUAUCUUCGCAAAAGAGGACGAGAACAAAGACGGCAUUAUAUCCUCCAGAGAGUUCACUUACAAACACGAUGAACUGUGAAGCUGCUCCCAGUCCCACGACUCUCUCAGUCAUGGUCCCUGGUGGAUGUACUUUGGUGCAGUGUGUAUAGCAAAGAUUUUCUCAGGUUACCUUAAGUGAUUAAUUCGAGCUUUGUGUUUGUAUGGUGUGCGAGUUACUUUGCUUCUUUAAGUGAUUUUUCACCUUAGAAAAUCUUUGCUUUUUGGUCUGUUUACUUCCUUGAUUGGAAAACCACCAAUUCUGCACAUUCUGGGACCACUUUCAGUUUGACUUUUCUAACUUAAAACCCUCCAAAACUUCCUACACUAAAAGAUAAUUGGGUAAUAUUCCACUCCAUCUUGCUUAUAACUUUUAUACAUUUCAUAUUUCCAGCUUUUUCUGUGUCACUGAAUAUCUGAAGGAAAAGAAAAUAGGUGACUCCUUGUCGUGACAUUGCAUCCUAUGGGCAGGUAAUGAAAGAAGAUGUCAUACUAAAUUCAUCUGUUGAAAUAUUCCUGUGAAAGGUACAUUGCAGUGUCAGUGGUGAAAUUAAAAAUCGUUCAUGUGCAGUUUUAUUCCAAUUCUGAAACUCACAUACAUAAAAAUAUCCUCAAAAUGGAUAUUAAAAUCAGCAUUUUUAUAUUUGUGGUGGGGAAAAAUUAUUAUCACUAUAUAUCCAGAGAUCAAUCAGGUAAAGGGACAAAGGGGAAUAACUGUACCUGCUAUUUUCACAGUGUGCUGGAGGCUGUUCUGAAAUUGUGCUCACGUGAAUCUCUAACCAUGUCGAGACUAAACUUAAUGAGCAAUUUACUGCUGUGGUUUGGGUAGAUUUCUGUAGCGGUUUCUACCUUUAAAUAAAUGUGAUCUAAUAAAGUGA